AUGCUGCUGCUAGCGAGAUGUCUUCUGGUGGUCCUCGCUUCCUCGCUGCUGGUGUGCCCCGGGCUGGCGUGCGGGCCCGGUAGGGGGUUUGGAAAGAGGCGGCACCCCAAAAAGCUGACCCCUUUAGCCUACAAGCAGUUUAUUCCCAACGUAGCCGAGAAGACCCUAGGGGCCAGCGGCAGAUACGAAGGGAAGAUCACAAGAAACUCCGAGAGAUUUAAGGAACUCACCCCCAAUUACAACCCCGACAUCAUAUUUAAGGAUGAGGAAAACACGGGAGCAGACCGACUGAUGACUCAGAGGUGCAAAGACAAGCUAAAUGCCUUGGCCAUCUCUGUGAUGAACCAGUGGCCUGGAGUGAAGCUACGGGUGACUGAGGGCUGGGAUGAAGAUGGCCAUCAUUCCGAGGAGUCUCUACACUACGAGGGCCGGGCAGUGGACAUCACCACAUCUGACAGGGACCGCAGCAAAUAUGGCAUGCUGGCCCGCCUGGCUGUGGAGGCCGGCUUCGACUGGGUCUACUAUGAAUCCAAAGCACACAUCCACUGCUCUGUGAAAGCAGAGAACUCCGUGGCGGCCAAAUCCGGGGGCUGCUUCCCGGGAUCCGCCACAGUGCACCUGGAGCAGGGUGGCACCAAGCUGGUGAAGGACCUGCGUCCAGGAGACCGCGUAUUGGCGGCUGACGACCAGGGCCGGCUGCUGUACAGCGACUUCCUCACCUUCCUGGACCGCGACGAAGGCGCCAAGAAGGUCUUUUACGUGAUCGAGACGCGGGAGCCGCGCGAACGCCUGCUGCUCACCGCCGCGCACCUGCUCUUCGUGGCGCCGCACAACGACACGGGAGCCGCGGGGCCCGCACCCGGACCGAGCGCGCUCUUCGCCAGUCGUGUGCGCCCCGGCCAGCGUGUGUACGUGGUGACCGAGCGUGGUGGGGACCGCCGGCUGCUGCCGGCCGCGGUGCACAGCGUGACGCUGCGCGAGGAGGCCGCGGGCGCGUACGCGCCACUCACGGCGCACGGCACCAUCCUCAUCAACCGUGUGCUGGCCUCGUGCUACGCAGUCAUCGAGGAGCACAGCUGGGCACACCGGGCCUUCGCACCCUUCCGCUUGGCGCACGCGCUCCUGGCCGCGCUGGCGCCCGCCAGCACGGACGCCGGGGGUGGGGGCAGCAUCCCCGCACCCCAACCCUCAGCGGAGACAAGGGGCUCAGGGCCGGCCUCAGGCAUCCACUGGUACUCGCAGCUGCUCUACCAAAUUGGUACCUGGCUGUUGGACAGCGAGACCUUGCAUCCCUUGGGAAUGGCGGUCAAGUCCAGCUGAAGUCAGAGGGGACUGGGCAGGGG